UCCCUAGGGGUUAUUUAUUGAUUUUUUUUUUAACAUCACUGAAUUCCUCUAUCCUUGCCAGGAGAUGAUAACAGUAAAUACGGCCUGAAGCAGCGCUCUCUGCAAGAUGGGGACUCGGGAUGCUGCUGCUGCAAGCCAUUCUGCUGCUGUUAGCGCUGCCCAGUCGUGGCCAGGAUGUUCCGGUGGAUGAGCCAGGAGUUCCAUCUUUACCACCCAAGGGGGCCUGCACAGGUUGGAUAGCGGGCAUCCCAGGACACCCUGGGCACAAUGGGCCCCCAGGGCGUGAUGGCAGAGAUGGCACCCCUGGUGAGAAGGGGGAGAAAGGAGAUCCAGGUCUCACUGGUCCUAAGGGUGACACUGGUGAAAUCGGAGUGACUGGGGCUGAGGGUCCCCGAGGCUUUCCAGGAAACCCAGGCAGGAAAGGAGAGCCUGGAGAAGGUGCCUAUGUACACCGCUCAGCAUUUAGUGUGGGGCUGGAGACCCGGGUUACCAUCUCCAAUGUGCCCAUUCGCUUUACCAAAAUCUUCUACAAUCAGCAAAACCACUACGAUAGCACCACUGGCAAAUUCCACUGCAACAUUCCUGGGCUGUAUUACUUCUCCUACCACAUCACAGUUUAUAUGAAGGAUGUGAAGGUUAGCCUCUUCAAGAAGGACAAGGCCGUGCUCUUCACCUUUGACCAGUACCAGGACAAGAACGUGGACCAGGCCUCCGGCUCCGUGCUCCUCCAUCUGGAAGUCGGUGACCAAGUCUGGCUCCAGGUGUAUGGAGAAGGAGAGCACAACGGACUCUAUGCCGACAAUGUCAACGACUCCACCUUCACAGGCUUCCUCCUCUACCAUGACAUUGACUGAUCCCCGCUAACUCAGAGCUUCCUCCAGGCCAAACAGCCCCCGAGUCAAAGAGUCAAUGGGCUUUCAGCGUAGUUAGGACUGGUUUAUCACCUAGUUGGUGGGCUCUGACCAUCGUUCCUGUGUUUACUCAUGCACUCAUUCAUAAGUACCUUCUUAAAUCGUGCGCUGUUUAUCAUUCCUCGGUCUCAUACAGUGGCAAUCAAAGGAUAAUGACUUUGACUGCGAGGCUUCCCGUACACAACAAGAAGGAAGUAGGUGACAAUGCUCUUUUCAAUUUUUAAAAAUGUUAUACAUUUCAUCACUAUACAUCACUUUGCUUGUAAGUUGAAUUUAUCCA